AGUUGUACCAUCUUUUGCACACACGAACAUAUACCCACGAACACGUUCAUCAAUCUGAUUUCUCGCAACGGCGCCAAAUCAUUUCAAUCAUGUUACUAUGAAUCCAUUUACGCGCUUCGAAUGGGGUCCUAAGGGAAUAAACCCGGACCAACAGGAAGUUGACGAACUGAUCGAGAACCCGAACCACGACUUCCGACAAGCGUUCCACCGACCAUAUCGUUGGAACACGAACAACAUCAACGAACCGCGAACCCUCAUCAAGGAUAACGCGUACGGAAUCGAUGAGCAAGAUUUCCUUGAAGAUGUUCAGGAUCCUCAGAAAUAUUACGAGACAUUGUUGUCAUUCACACCUAUUCGCCCUUGGUUCGAUGCAGAAAAAGUUGUUAGCAUUCUCUCCCGUGUCGCAAUUAACCAGAAAACAUCCAACUCUUACAUUCACCGAUUGAUCACAAAGGAACUGACUGAUGUGAUGGAAUUCGGUCAACGUUACGAAUGGAACGCGGACAACGUACCCGAGGACAAGAGACCACGAUUGCCUGACGUGAACGGACUCGAAGCUCUGCGUAUAUUGGGAGACGCCAAACUGGGUUUUGGUACCAUGACCAGAAAGGUGGAAAAACAAUUGUUGGCAUGUGGUUUGGUAUGGCUGUUGCAACCACCACAGGAGCGACGGAAGCCAACGUUCUGGCAAAAGAUCUUCGAUUCGACUACUGCACAGCCAGGACAACUGCUAUACGAUGAGGAGCUAGAAUGGAGAUUGUUCGGCGUGGAACAGGAUGUCGGUGCUCUCGUCGAGGCAGUGGAGAGAACUAAUAAAAACUUGGAGGAUGUCAGCAAGAAGAUGGAUCAACUCCUAUCUCCCAAACAUGAACAAACCACCCCGAAGAGACGCCAGUUCCGGCCAGAGUAAGCAACGAGGACGUUGCUAUCUUUUUUCAAAAGGGGGCAGAUGUUG